CUUAUUGUCACUUUCUGACAGAUUUUGAAAUCACAGAAAGCUUCAGUAUUUUAAGCGUCCGGCAAAGUUAUUUUUACGUAUGUUUACUUGGAAUAUGAAGUGAAGUGAUUGUUUCUAUAAUAUUAGUUCACAAUGUUUUACCAUAUAUCUUUAGAGCAUGAAAUUCUGUUACACCCUCGAUAUUUCGGGCCGCAACUACUUGAUAUUGUUAAACAGAAGCUAUACACGGAAGUUGAGGGGACAUGCACUGGAAAGUAUGGUUUCGUGAUAGCAGUGACAGCAAUAGACAGUAUUGGAGCUGGUUUAAUACAACCAGGGCAAGGGUUUGUGGUGUACCCUGUUAAGUACAAGGCAAUUGUGUUCCGGCCAUUUAAAGGAGAAGUGUUAGAUGCUAUAGUCACACAAGUUAAUAAGGUUGGAAUGUUUGCACAAAUUGGCCCAUUGAGCUGUUUUAUUUCACAUCAUUCCAUUCCAGCUGACAUGGAGUUCUGUCCGAAUGUGAACCCUCCAUGUUACAAGAGCAAGCAAGAAGACAAUGUUAUACAGGAGGAGGAUGUCAUCAGGCUGAAGAUAGUGGGGACCAGGGUCGACGCCACCGGCAUUUUCGCCAUUGGAACAUUGAUGGAUGACUACCUAGGAUUAGUGACACAAUAAAUUUAAUUAUACAUAAGUGUACAAAAAGAUGAUUUUUUAAAUAAAAUUACAAAACCACUUUGUAA